GGAAAAACAUGCUGUGACCCCGCCCUGUCCUGUAUUUAAAUCAGCAACAUUUUCUACCGUGUAUUGAUUUCCACAUGACACCUCUGUUCAGCUCAGCUAUUCUCUUAGUGCACACGGUAUUCAGAUAGCUGCCAGAGAUGGAAAGCGGUCCAUUCAGUCGACGGUCCUGGGCGACACAGUCCUUGCGUGUCACCGCGAAGGAGCUGUCCCUAAGUGGCCGAGGGAAAAACAAUGCCAUUGCUGAACGCUUCUCCAGGUACCAGAGAGCUGCUGAGGAGUCAAGUGCAGAAAAGAAAAAGGGAUCUACUGAGAGUGCAGCCCCCUCCCUGCGGUCAGCCAACCUGAGUGCUCUGAAGAAGCGCUGGGAGCAGGCAGGGAACCUCGAUCAGGGCAAGCCUUCUUCCGACCUGCCUCCUAGCCAGUCCAGCUCUCGCGGCAGGCCUCCUGCUCUGUCCAGACCUGCUCCUAUAGCUGAGUGCGACCCUCCAUUAAAGAGCCCCGGCCCGCUGACAUCUCAGGGAGGUCAACUUACAGCCAAUCGUGUCCAGAAGCCCCCAUCAGCUCCCAAGGCAUUCCAAGGUGAAGAAGAGAGAGGGAUGGACAGAGAUGAGCUGACACACAGUGAAAGACCUGAAAAGCUUGAAGAGCAAGUUCCAACCAGCCCCUGUGCCUCUUAUGAAAAACCCAGAGUGCCACUGAACAACCUGAAGAUGAAGUUUGAGAGGGGAGAGGAUGCCACGGGCAAGGGUGGCAGGACAACAAUGCGCAGUACUUCAUCAGAGGACAUGGACCAUCAGGGAGGUCCGCCUGUGCCUGACAGAGUGUUGGAGUCGACAUCCAUGAAGGAGAAGAUGGCCAAAUACCAGGCUGCUGUUUCUAAACAAGGCAUCACUCGCUCUGGUGUUGCCCCAGAGGUGCCUGCUGCAAAAACAUCUGCACCAGUAAAUCAGAAACACAUUCCUGCACCAGAGUGCAAUGGCGAGAACAGCGAGCAACCCAAAGCAUUGAGGAAGUUCUGUCCACCGGUGAGGGAGACAUGCGUUGCCUGUCUAAAGACGGUGUACCCACUGGAGAGACUAGUGGCUCUUCAGCAUGUCUACCACAAAAUUUGCUUCCGCUGUGUUCACUGCAACACAAUGCUCAGUCUGUUGAACUAUGCCUCUCUGCAUGGUAACGUCUAUUGCAAGCCCCAUUUCAACCAGCUGUUUAAAGCUAAAGGCAACUACGAUGAGGGCUUUGGCCAUCGGCCUCACAAGGAGCUUUGGGAGCCUCGAGCUGAUGGAGACGAAGCUGAAGAAGCUGUGAAGCCAAAAGAACAAGAGGAAUCAGCAGCAGUGACACGUCCAGCUAAGAGUAUCUCCGACAAACAGCCAACCCCAACAGUUGAAGAAUCCCCACAGGUGAAGGUUACAGACCUGACUGCCUCACUGGAGACACGUGUGCAGACACACGCCACCUCCAGCGAGAAACCCCAGCCGACAGAGAAGCCGGCUGAGACACGCAGGCUGAGAGUCGCCUGGCCUCCUCCGGCUGCUGAGGGCCACUCUGGAACAGCAGCACUCAGUCCGGUCACGGAGGGAGAAGCUCCUGGUCGACCCUGGAGAGCCAAGUGGCCGCCAGAGGGAGAGGUGCCAUCAUCCUUCCAGAGCUCCGAUCGUGCCGAACUGAAGAGCCUUCGGAGGAGUUCUUCUCUAAAGGAGCGUAGUCGACCUUUUACAAUCGCAGCUAAACCGAGCCCCACAACUAGUCUGGGACCCAGAGAACCUCGUCGCCCUCUCAAAUCCCUGCUGGAAUGGAGAGCAUCAUUCGAGGAAAAAAACCCAGCUGAAGAACCACCUAACAAAAAUAAGCCACAGCCUCAGACACCAAGUGAGACCAUCUCAGAGGAGGACGUGAAACCCAAGCGACACGAAGAAAGAGACGAACAGCAGCAGACAGGAAAGGCAGCAGCAAACAAGAUGGCGGCAGAAGAGAGCUCUGUUAGAAGCAUCUCCCCGGAUAUCUCACCGUCGCCCUCUCCACCUUUACAGCCAAAACAGAACCGCGCCUCCCAGGAUGUGGGAUUCUGGGAGGAGGACAAAGAAGGAAGUGAUGCUGAGGAGCAGAGUGCAGAGGAUAUAAUCAAGAAGAACCGCUACUACGAGGAGGAGGAAGAAGAGGAAGAAGAAGAGGAGGAGGAGGAGUAGGACUCAUAGGAACAUCUCCAUCCUACAUAAAACACUUUCAGUCAGUUUUGUUUUCUCAGUUUGUAGUUAGAUCACAAAUAUAGCUUUGCCAGAUUUUGUAGUGUUCUAGGGGAGAUACACAAAUGCAUAAUAGGUGUAUGCAUGUGCAUAUAUAUUAGCAAUAACUGCCUUUUAAUUGUUAAAUUACAAAUGUCUGAUUUUUUUUUACAUUUUAAAUACAUACUGUAAAAGAUAUCUAAUACAGCUUUUAUAUGACUCCUGAUUAUACUGGAAGGUGGACCUCUAUUAAAUCAAAUCAUUGCAUCUCUGAACCUCAUCUCUUGCUGAUUAUAUGCACCAUCAGUGGUGUAUUAUUUGCAGGUGGUGUGUCCAAAAACCAUUAUACUUCAUGUGGAACUUUAAGUGCUUUUUAAUGACAGGCAGUACCCUUCUGCAUCAAGCAGUCAUUAUGUGUAUUUUUGCCCUUCGCAGAAUGCAGAAACAACCUAAAUAUCUUAUAGCAAAAAGCGUACACCAGCAGUGUAUUUGUAAGAUGUUGUUGCGGACUAAACAUCUGGGCAUUGUAUAGUUCAUAUUUUUACACACUGCUUCAAUUUAAAUUGUAAAUGAAAGAAAAAGUGAAACAGAACCCAAAGGAGAAUACUUUGGAUUAGGUUUUAGCAAACCUCCAAACCGACAUCGUACACGUUCUUCUCUCAGGGAUGGAAACACCGCCGGCUGCUUUUGUGCUGAAUCUCCUCUCACGGGACUCAGUACUUUCCUACUAUGCCACUGUCAUAAAUAUAAGAGCAGACAAUACGCUAUAGAGCAACAAACUGAGUCUUUACCUUGUCCCUGCACCUGAAUAGUCAUAAGUAAGUUAAGAUCUUUAAAUAUACAUACCAAGUAAAUGAACCUUAACACUAUCCUGCAGGGGGCGCUCUGGUUUGGUAAAACUACAACUACAGCUACUGUAUACAUUAAGGGCAAAUUGCAAAUGGGAUUAUCUUAAUCAUAGGUGUAGCUGUGUGAAGUAGCCUUCUUGUAUUAUCUGAUCAGUCAGAAUGUGUCCACUGGCAGAAAGAUUUUGCAUUUGUUCAUUUUCAACCUGGUUCUGGUGAAAAUCUGCUCAACUGUUCUAACCACCAUUAAAAAAAUAUAUAAUUAAUCAAGGUUUCUACUGAUAUCUAUCUUUUCAUUCUAGUAGCACAAUAUAUAUCAUCUCUUUUGGGCCUUCUGGAUUUGUGUGUAACAAUUUCAAAUGUGAUUCAAAUUUUAUGAUAUGUAAAACAUUUUGUAUUUUAAAAUAUGCUGUUGAAUACACGUUUGCACUGCAGAAUACUUUUUAAUAAUUUCUAUGACACAUUAAAUUCUUAACUGUUGUUGAAACACAAUUAAAAUGUAUCAAUACGGAAAUCCAGAUUGU